ACGGAUUCGUCAGAAUUAUGUGUCCUGUGCCGAUAUGGGGAAUUUUGAGAUAUUACUAGAACAUCAGCUGUCAUUCUACAGUGAUGGAUACUCCACAAAUAGGGUAUAGACAGAGCACGAACAUACGGAGAAGUGGAAGAAGGAAAAAAGUUGGGUUAUGUUCUCCAAUCUCCAUUUCCAAAAACUCUAAUGGCUCAACUUCUCAACAUUACAAAAACUUUACAGAAAUUAACUGUAUCGUCAAGAUGUAGGCUAGUACCAGUGCUUGUGAAGCCUUUCGAAGAAGAUCUGCCUCGAACAAGCAUAAUUUCCACAACUGCGACUAGGAACACCAAUUUUUUUAACAAAUUACCCGCUCAGGAUCUGUGGAAAGGCAUCACCUCAGUCAGUAAUGCUGGAAAAAAACGUGGCCGUGGAAAAAACGUAUCCAAAUCAAAAAUUAAGGAUUUGAAUAGAGGCCAAGUUAUUGGAAUUGGUAAAGCAAAUAUAUUAUGGCCAGGUCUUUCUUCACCUAUCAUAAGAGGAAAAGAACUGGUAGAGCAACAGAAAUUACCAGAAGAUCCAGAAAGAGAAAAGAAACUGAUCCAAUUGAGGGAUCAAAUGGGGACAUUUAAGCAUGCAAAAUUAAGUCCUAUAGAAAGAGGAUGGUCUGGUGCUAAGAUGCCUGGAAGAAGUAUUGGACCACCAGAUCCCAUUGGAGAAGGUGAAAAAUUUGCAGGUUUUGACAGUGUAGUGUUGGAACUUAAGACAGUAUAUAAUAUGAAGGGUAAUUUUGGCAGAAAACGAAGGAUAAAGGCUGUAGUGGUUACUGGAAAUAAGAAAGGAUUAGUUGGAUUUGCAAUGGGAAGAGGUCUAGAGGCCAGAACUGCUUUGAGAAAGGCUAAAAAUAGAUCUGGACAGAAAUUGAUGCAUAUUAAGUUGUUCAGAAAUCAUACAGUAUGCCAUGACUUUUUCACACAAUUUGGCUCAACUAAAAUCUAUGUAAGCCAAAAGCCUGAAGGUUUUGGUCUGGUUUGUCACAGAGCUAUCAAAUCUAUUUGCGAUGUAGUGGGAAUAAAAGAUCUACAUGCCAAAGUAGAAGGAUCUACCAAUGUCAAUCAUAUCAUGAAGGCAUUCAUUUUGGGUCUUAUAAGACAGAAAUCUCCUGAGGAAGUUGCUGAACAAAAAAGACUUCAUUUGGUAGAAAUUUGCAAAGAAAACAAUUAUUUCCCAAAUGUAAUUGCAUCUCCUAAAGAAUGCAGGACACACGAAGAAAUCCCCAAAGACGAAGUACUGGACUGGAAACAGUACUGUUUUGAUGGAAAGGUAGUACUGAGAAAGAAGAAACCUCCUCCAUUCUAUACGAGAUUGAAGUCUUAUGAAGUUUAUUUGAAAAAGCAAGAGAAAUUGAGAAAUCAAGAUAAAGUUAGGAUUAAUUUGUUAGCAGAAUAUGGCGAACUCAGAACCUUCUUGGCAGACAAGUAUCCAGAAUGUAGGGCUUAUAAGCCUCCCAAGAAAGAAGAAGCUAAUGAUGAAGCAGCUUGAAUGUGAUGAAAUAAUAAACCUGUUAACAUUUGUGUAAUAUAUUCUGAUUUGAUAA